GGAUAAUCGGCGGCCGCUGCAAAUGUAAAACAAUCCAUUUCAUAGUCGAAACCUAAUAAGUAUAUAAACCGAUUAACGACAUUGAUCGAAUUUAUUCGCGAUUGAACGCCGGUAGUGGAAGCGCCCAGAAAUUCGCCCGUCGCCUAUUCGAGAUUCGAAAAAAUGGCCAAAGUGGCAUCAUCUCUUCUUGCAGCGUUUCUUCCGCAGGCUCUGCCAUCAUCAGUGCCAGAAACUGAGCCUUCCAGGUCGGUUUCCAGGCCUCAAAAAGUGAUUACGAUGGAAGAAGUGUCCUGGCACGAUAGUGCAAACGACUGUUGGAUUAUCAUAUACGAUCGAGUUUAUGAUGUAACAGGAUUUUUACAAGAGCAUCCUGGUGGCGAUGAGCUGCUUUUGGAGUAUGCUGGAAGGGAAGCUAGUGGUGCUUUCAGAGGAGCAGGGCACAGCGUAAGUGCUGUAAGAUCUUUGGACAAAUUCUGGAUAGGAGAGUUGCCGAUCAAUGAACGGAUAUUCAGGAAGCAAGGGGGUUUGAAG